AUGGCGAGACCCCAAGAUACGGCUUUGGCCCGAUUCUAUGGCCUCCCUAAGGUGCACAAAGACGGCGCUCCUCUCCGACCCAUCGUGUCGCUCAAAGGGACUCCAACGUACGGACUGGCGAAGUGGCUGUUCCGGCGUCUCAAGUUCCUGACCGCUGAGUCAGACACCACGGUCUCUUCGUCAGCACAAUUCCUGGAGAAACUCAAAGGGGUAAGCAUCCAUCCAAAUGAAGUCAUGGUAUCUUUUGAUGUUACAUCCCUUUUUACUUCUAUUCCCCAGGACCUGGCGAUCGAGACAAUUGAACUGCUACUACAAAGCAAAUACGAUGAAACGGAGAACCGUCUUGGACACGCCCAAAUCCUUCAGCUCCUGAAGCUCUGUCUCAGGACGUACUUCACGUUCUGA